AAAGAGUGUAUGGAUGAGACCACUGUCACAAUCUUUCGUCCUUCCAGAAGCACUGCCCUCAUUUUGCUAAUGAAAGGAUGACGGCACAGGAAAGGCCAUCCCUGGCCAAACACACAGUGAGCAAGGUUCUAAUGCCUCACCUCUACCACACAGCCUUUCUCUUUGCGGUCUUCUUAGUAGUUCUGCUGUAACCAACAUUUCCCAGGCUUGUGAAUUUUUCCUGCUUUACCUGCCUCUGGGCUCAGGCAUCCAGCCCCAUGAGAGGGACCAACCAGUCGAGCGUCUCCGAGUUCCUCCUCCUCGGGCUCUCCAGGCAGCCCCAGCAGCAGCAGCUCCUCUUCGUGCUCUUCCUGAGCACGUACCUGGUCACGGUCCUGGGAAACCUGCUCAUCCUCCUGGCCGUCAGCCUGGACUCCCGCCUGCACAUCCCCAUGUACUUCUUCCUCAGCAACCUGUCCUUCGUGGACAUCUGCUUCACCUCCACCACUGUCCCCAAGAUGCUGGCCAACCACAUACUCGGGACUCAGACCAUCUCCUUUUCUGGGUGUCUCACACAGAUGUAUUUUGUAUUCACGUUCGUGGACAUGGACAAUUUCCUCCUGGCUGUGAUGGCCUAUGACCGCUUUGUGGCCGUAUGCCACCCCUUACACUACUCGACAAAGAUGACCCCCCAGCUCUGUGGCCUGCUGGUCACGGGGUCGUGGGUCAUCGCCAACCUGAAUGUUCUGCUGCAUACCCUGCUGAUGGCUCGACUCUCAUUCUGUGCAGACAAUGCCAUCCCCCACUAUUUCUGUGAUGUGAUGCCCCUCCUGAAACUCUCCUGCUCUGACACACACCUCAGUGAGAUGAUGAUUCUGACCGAGGGUUCUCUGAUCAUGAUCACUCCAUUUGUUUGCAUCCUGGCUUCUUAUGUCCAUAUUACCUGUGCUGUCCUGAGAGUCCCAUCCACAAAGGGGAGAUGGAAAGCCUUCUCCACCUGUGGCUCCCACCUGGCUGUGGUUUCUCUCUUCUAUGGCACCAUCAUUGCUGUGUAUUUCAACCCUUUGUCCUCCCACUCUUCUGAGAAGGACACCGCAGCCACUGUGAUGUACACAGUGGUGACCCCCAUGCUGAACCCCUUCAUCUACAGCCUAAGGAACAGGGACUUGAAAAGGGCUCUUGGAAAAGUGGUUGGCAGGAAGAUGUUUUCCUUCUGAGGAGAGGAUCAAAGCUUAGUUUUAUUUCCAUGCUUAUUGUUUCUAUCAGUUUAAGAUAGCAGCUGUUUUGUCAAAGACAGUCUGGAAACAAACAUAUAGAUGUUUGUGCUAGGAGCAUGUCGAAGGCCGUCGCUACUUAUUUACUUGUGGACUGA